AUGUUGUCACAUUCCUCACCACCAAACUUCAGCGGGACAGCAUGUGUUGCCACAACGGAGAGACGUGCGAGCGGUCCGCCCCAAGCCAUAUCGGGAGGAGGUGCGCCUGUUUCAUCGGCAAUCACGCUUCCUUCCGAAAGCACUAAGCGCAAACGCAGCGGCAAGGCACACCCAGUGACUCGGCAGGCGCCGUCACCAGGUCAAGGCUUGAACGAUACAACCGUUGGCAACACCGCCUCUGCGGGAGUGGCGGAUGGAGUUGAAGAAAGUGCGCAUGCUUUCCCGGAUCCAUUAGCUGCAGGUGAUGGCGCUGCUACGGACGGCCGUGGACUUCCUGCUUUGCCGGAUGAUGACGAGGCCUACGACAUGCCCGAUGUUGGCGCGGGACAAGUCGCGGCAGAUGCCAAUCCAGGCAUGUUUUCGCGCAUGAUGACUGAAGCUAUUGGCGACGAUUUCAACCCUGAAACGGCCAAGUUUCUGGAGGAGUCGAGGGCUGAACCGACGCUGGAUGACGAUAUCAAAGUGCAGUACACGCAGAAGAAGAAGCAGAACAAGGCAUUGAAGGAGGCAUGCGCUAUUAAAGACAGCCACAUCAACAAAGCCUUGGGGAUCAUGGGGACCCUCACGGAUCAGCUCCUGUCAGAUCGGUUUUCUAAGCUUGACUAUGAGAGGAUGAUUGCAGCAAUGAUAAAUGACUUGCUGUUCAAGGGAACAUUCUUGAACCUCAGCCCUGCCAGGGAGGACUUCAUGGCGCGCAUUCUCGUGCACGCAGGGUUCAAGGCGGAGUCGGACGAUGCAGACCGUUUUCAGGCCUUCCUCAAUGAGAAGGGUAUCCCUGGCACAGUGGAACGGCGUUUCAACAACCGCAUGGGCAAGUUGUACCACGAGUUUCGGUUGUGCCUUCGGAAGUCCCCAUUCAAGCUCCUCAAGCCAAAGCGCGUUGGACGCGUGAUUAGGUUUGAGGAGCCGCUGAAGUUUGCCCUGGACUGUGCUGCCUAUGUGGCGAUUCAUGGCACAAGGGAGCUCGGGAUUGACUGGCACAUCUGGAACACUCGCCCGUUCUCUUCCCCUGCUUUCAUGGAAUGUGCCAAGCAGUUCGCGCUGGCCUAUGACCCAACUAAGGCAAUUGCUCUACAUCCGGACCAGCUUCUUAUCAUCCUUGCUGUGGUGCGCUUCAAGCUGCGCAAUCCUACAUCUCGCAAGCUCAGACUGACGUGGUCUGGUGAUAGCGAGGCCAUGCGCCGCCAGGCGCUUGUGGUGCAGCGCUGGAUUAACAUGAAGGGCCACAAGCAGGGGAACUUCAUUGGAAUUGGGAACAUCUGCAUCGUUGGAUGGCAAGAAAUCCCUGCAGCUGAACUGGAAGCUGAUGUGCUAGGUGAUGAGGACUCGGUUAAGGAGGAGGAGGAGGAUGAGGUUUUUGAUGAGGAGGAGGAGUCUGAUGGUUAG